UCUGUCGAUUGGACGUCGCGACGCCGCAGAAAAAGGCCGGCACCACACCUGCACAGUGUGCCGCCGACUGUUGGAACCCUCUGUCGCAAUAGGAAGCACACGGGAUUUGCACUGCCGAGAAACCUCUUCAUUCCGUUCUCUCGCCCACUCACCUCCAGAACUCGUCUGUUAGUUAGUGUACUUAUUUUGUAAAGCGAAGAAAGCAAACAAGCGAAAAUGUUGAUCGGAUUGGUAAGGGAAUCUUUCCAUUGCUUCUGUCACACCUGCAGAGCGCCGCUUCCAGUAGCCGUACAACGUCGCCAUCAAGGUUUGGUUGCUAAAGUGAAGACGAAACCCAGAACUAUCCAACCUAAAAAAGUGCAAUUUGUCACAACUGAGGUCAGGUGUCAAGAGAAGACCCGUGGCGGAUUAUGCUACGAAGUUAUUCUUGGCGAACCGGAAGCUAAGGCUACUCCUCCGAAGAGGACCAACUCUCCAAACAAAAACGUCGUGUCCGUUCAUGAUAUUGAAGAGAAAUUGAGAGCUGCCGAAGAACGUAGACAGCAAUUGGAGUUUAACAAGAUUGCUGCUCUAUCAGCAAAGAUGCAAAAGAUUGAGGACGCAUCUCGCAAGAAAGAUGAGCAAACUACUCAGUUUAUAACGAACACUAAAGAUGCAUUGGAGCAGAAGAUGGAAACGCAUGUUGGAAAGCGUGAGGCUUACAUUACAGAUUUGAAGUCCAAGUUGAAGGAUCAUAUUGAAAACGUCGAAAAGACCAGAUUGUCUUUGGAGCAGCAAACGGAUGAGGUGAGAACUGCUAUUGAGGAAAAAUUGAAGUCUGCAUCGGCACAUCGCGAUGAGAACAUCAAGAAAAUGAUCGAACGUCUCAAGGAGCACGAAGACCAGGUCCAUCGUGUUCGGUCAUUGAACACCAUUAAGUUCCAACAAUUAGAAUCUGCUGUACAAGAGAAGCUGGAUCAUGCACAAAACAGGCGCGAACAGCUCGAGCAAGAGCAAAAAGAAAAACUCCGCAAUCACAAUACUCGCGCAGUUGAGAUCAAACAAACCGUCGAGGAAAGAAAAACUUCAGUAUCCGCCCAAAUAGAAAAUAAGCUUACUACUGCUGAACAGAAUAGGGAAAAGGAGAUCCAGAGGAAAUUAGAAGCGGCCAAAAAAUACAAUGAACGCACUGUAGAGGUAAAACAAACGAUGGAGAUCCGUAAGACUGAAAAAUCCACACAAUUAGAAACCAAAUUAAAUGUGGCUGAAGUGAAUCGCGAGAAGGAGAUACAGAAGAAACUGGAAAACAUUAAAAAGAACGAGAAGCGCGCGGAGGCUGUUCGCCAGAACAAGGCUAAUCUCUUAGCCACUCAACAGGUCACUACUGCGUCAUCCGGUUAAACAUUUAAGCGACCUUUACUAUAUAUAUUUCAGCUUUUAUUUAACAGUGCUUUGGAUAGGUAGUGUCCUUAGUACAAUAUCACCGAUAGAGAACCUUCAAGUUUUUUUUUUUAAAUUUGAUAUUAUAUCUAUUUAAGCUGUCAUUAUGAAAACAUAUUUAUAUGCCUUUUUAA